UCUGCCUAGUAAGUCUGUGCUUUGACAUUUUCUCACAGACAGCGAUGCCUCACAUAAAAAUUGUGUAUCUUGCCUUUGCUCUUUUCGUAUGUGGUUUAGUGAAGCAAACUGAGGGUGCAUCACGAAUAUACGUAACAGUCGACACACCUCUGGGUCCCAUAAGAGGUCGUCAACUUAAUACCACAACUGGCAAUCCUGUUUAUACCUUCAAAGGAAUUCCAUAUGCUGAACCACCAGUUGGAUCAUUACGGUUUCAGCCACCAGUACCUGUGUCUUCUUGGACAGAAGAAAAAGAUGCUCUGCAAACACCAAACCGAUGCAUACAGAUGGAUGGUUUGGGAAACAUAAAGGGAGAUGAAGACUGUCUCUACCUGAAUGUCUUUAGCCCAGAGUUGCCAUCUGAUACAAGUGUCCCAAGACCAGUUCUGGUCCUGAUACAUGUUGGCUGUUUCAGAACUGGCUAUGCUCAGCAACGUUAUUUAGAUUAUUAUAUUGAUCAUGGAAUAGUGGUUGUAUCCAUACAGUAUCGUCUUGGAGCUUUAGGGUUCAUGAGCACAGGUGACUCUCUCCUUCCUGGAAAUCUUGGAAUGAAAGAUCAGGUCCUUGCACUGAAGUGGAUAAAGCAAAACAUUAGAGCAUUUGGUGGUAAUCCAGAUGAAGUUACUAUUUCUGGUCAGAGUUCAGGAGGAUCUGCAGUACAUUACCACGUGUUGUCACCACUAUCAAAAGGUCUUUUCAAACGAGCUAUAGCACAGAGUGGAUCUGCACUUAGUCCUUGGGCAUUUACUACAAAUGCUACUGACAGAACAUUCCGUUAUGCAUCAUAUUUGGGAUUUAUUGGAGAGACCACUUCAGAACUUAUGGAGUUUUUGAUGACUGUUGAUGCAAAGGAAUUUGUCAAAGCAAGGGGGCCAGCUCUGGAUCCAAAGGACCGUAAAAAUGCCCUUAUCUGUGUUUGGGCUCCACAUGUGGAACCAGAAAAUGAAGGUGCAUUCCUGACUGAGCAUCCAGCUAAACUGAUAUCAGAAAACCGCUAUACACAUGUGCCAUACUUAACAGGUGUAACAAGCUAUGAACUGCUUGUUAGGACACAAGCUGAUGGGCUGUUUGCAACUGAAGAAGGAGCAAAGAAUUUGAAUGACAACUUUGAUCUCUAUGUUGCUGAUGAACUUCGCUUCUCAAGUGAAGAACAACAGCUGAAAGUAGCAGAAGAGGUCCGGCAGUUUUACUAUGGAGACAACGAGAUCACUCCAGCAAUGAAUGACUCAACUGCAACUAUGAUAUCAGAUCUCCUUAUUGUGGAAGGAAUAGACACCACUGUACGGAACAUGAGUAGGGAUUCUUCAGAACCUGUUUACUAUUAUCAGUUUUCAUUCAAUGGACCACUCAAUACAUUCCCUGAUUUCCCAGGAGCUAGCCAUGGAGAUGACAGGAGAUACAUGUGGUAUUAUGAAUCUCUUGAAACAUGUUCACCGGGCUAUCUAACUGCAGUGCAGCUGCUACAGAUGUGGACAAAUUUUAUCAAAUACAGUGAUCCUUCUCCCUACACUGGUGGAAAAGUUACUGUAGACUGGAAUGCAUAUAAGCCAGACAACCCUAAUUAUCUAGAAGUUGGCUGCACAAUUCAACCUGGUACAGCACCUAACAAGGAUCGCAUGGAUUUCUGGCACAGUGUUAUGCCAUAGAUUAGGCACAGUAAAGCAUGGAAGUUAUUUAUAUCUGUUCAACAUUUUGUUACAAGAACUAUUAAUGAAAAUCAACUAUGUAAGGGCAAUGGAAAUUAAAUAAAGAAAUGAUGCACAUAAAUAUUGGAU